UAGGUCGUUUUCUGUUUUUCUAAUUUUUAUAUUUAAUUAUUUUAUUUACUUAUAUAUUUAAACAUUAACACUAAGCCUGAAGUGAAUAUGGCAUCGAAACAAGCUAAGAAAACACUGUGGGUUGACUGUGAGCGUUGCGGUUGUUGUAUAACCUCAAAUGAUAAAAACAAGCACGUAGAAUUAAAUUGUUCAAAAGACCAGUUAAAGUGUCCAUAUAUUGAGGAGAAAAAAUUACAUUCAUGGCUGGUAAGAGGUGGACCUCUACAGGAGGGCGUCCCGCGGAAUUCUGUGAUGGUACACCCGUCCGCGGGUUCCUUGAUUGGCGCUGUAAUCGGGGGCGCCCUCGAACUUAGCAGAGAGGGAGCGCCGACUCUUGUGAAACGUAUGUGGCCGUCUAAAACUGCAGCACCCGCCGCCGUAAUUUUACCAGCUGCAGAUUUGGCAGGUGCUUGGUGUAGUGAUAAUAAAAAAGUCACUGUUUCAGUUGUUGAGGGGCUGAUCCCAGAUGCAACACAUGUUACAAUUAAAAUUAAUAAUCAUAAAGUUGAAACAGACAUAUGUGAUAUACUGAGGCAGCAUUUUCACAAACAUUUUGUUAAUAUUGGUACUGUUUUGGUUUAUUAUUACUUUGGUAAGAAAUUAGAGAUUCAAAUAAUUAAUGUCACAUCAGAAAACUUAGAUGGAUCAAAUAAGAUAUGGUGUGUUUUAAGUGAAAAUACAGUCUGGAGUAUGGAAAAAGAUGUUAUUCACAAGGUUAAAAAGAAACCUAUAGCUUUAGGUGGCAUUGACGACAUUUUAGAUGAAGUAAAAACAUUUAUUAAUAUUUCAUUCAGGAAAACUGGUUUAACUGCCAACUUUCAACCCACAAGAGGCCUGCUCAUACAUGGCCAUUCUGGCAUAGGAAAAACUGCAAUUUGUAAAUAUCUAAUAGAAAAUAUAAAAUGCUAUUACAUUGAAGUCAAUGGUCCUAGUAUAUUCAGUAAAUAUUUUGGUGAAACAGAAGCUAUUAUGAAAGGAUUAUUUUCAAAAGCUAAAGAAAAUGAACCUAGUAUAAUUUUAGUAGACGAAAUUGAAACUAUAUGCCCUAGGAGAUCAUCAGGCAGCACUGAGCAAGAGAGAAGAAUAACUUCAGCGUUUGUGUCACUGUUAGACAGUUUGCAUGAAGAAAACUGUAGAGUGUUUGUUUUAGCAACCACCAGAAAACCUGAUGCUAUUGAUCCUAUGUUGCGAAGAUUUGGAAGGCUUGAUAAAGAAAUAGAAGUACCAAUACCAGACAGAUAUAGAAGAAAACAGAUUUUAAAUACUUUAUUAAAGAGCCUUCCCAAUAAAAUCUCAUCGCAUGACAUUGAUGCUAUUGGAGAUUUAGCUCAUGGCUAUGUUGCAGCUGAUCUUGUCAAUCUUUGCUCUCAAGCUUCAAUGAGAUGUAUAAAACGAUCUAGUGAAAUAAUUGAACAUGAAGAUUUGAUGGCAGCAUUGACUGUUGUCCGACCUAGUGCGAUGAGGGAGUUGUUAAUAGAAAUCCCGAAUGUGAGAUGGUCAGACAUUGGUGGACUAGGUAGAUUGAAAUUAAAACUUCGCCAAGCUGUUGAAUGGCCUCUGAAACAUGCUGGUAGCUUCAAACGAUUAGGAGUUAAACCUCCAAGUGGAGUGUUGCUCUAUGGCCCUCCAGGUUGUUCAAAAACAAUGAUAGCCAAAGCUCUAGCUACAGAGAGUGGCCUUAAUUUUUUAUCAAUCAGAGGUCCAGAGUUGUUUUCAAAGUGGGUGGGUGAGUCUGAAAGGGCUGUUCGUGAUUUGUUUACCAAGGCUCGACAAGUUGCGCCGUCAAUUAUAUUCUUCGAUGAGAUGGAUGCUAUUGGCGGAGAGCGGGGAGUGGGAGAGGCAGGAGUCCAUGAACGGGUGUUGGCGCAAUUAUUGACAGAGUUGGAUGGAGUUGUACCAUUACACUCAGUGACUGUACUUGCAGCUACCAAUCGUCCCGACAAAAUGGAUAGCGCGCUGUUGAGACCUGGGCGUUUAGAUAGACUGAUAUAUGUUCCUUUACCAGAUUUACAAACAAGAUUAGAGAUAUUAGAGCUGAAGCUUUCGAAAAUGAGUGUAAGUAAAGAUGUAAGCGCAAGGAAAUUGGCAAAAAUGACUGAGGGUUUCUCAGGUGCUGAGCUGAACGCUGUGUGUCAUGAAGCCGCUCUACAAGCAUUAGAAAGAGAUAUAGAAUGCCCUGCUGUCAGCAUGGACUAUUUUAUUAAUGUUUUGAUGGAUUUCGUUCCACGAACUCCUGAAUCACAACUAUCAAUUUAUACAAAAUUUGCAGGACAGAGACCUUGUUAAUAUAAAUAUUUUGAUUUAUUUAAUGAAAUUGUGUUAUUGUUGUAAAAAAAAGUGCCUUAUAUUUUUUACAAUUUAUUCAAUUGUAUGAAAUCUUAAGUACUAAUAAUGUAUAUAAGUUAACUAAUCUAGUCCCAUAUAAAUAUACAUGUUACUAAGACUACACAAACAGAAUAUAGUCAUUGACGGAGGGAAAAUAUACUGAGAAAGUUAUAUUGCUAAAAGGAAAUACAAUUCUAUAGACUAAAGAGCAGCAUAGCUAUUUGUAAUCAUUGAAAUAUAGAAGAAAAUUUAAGCAUACUAUUAUAAGUAAUGACAAUUCUAAAAUAAGUUUUAUAAUGCUCUGUAAAUUUAUAUAAAUAACGCAAAAAUCAUAUUAAUUAUGACCUGUUUGAUACUAAUUUUGUGUACAUAUAAAUGCAAUGGAUCUAAAGGUGUCCCUUUAGUGGCAACCCUAAAGUGAGAUGAGAACAUUAGUUUUAGAAUGUAUAUAAAGUUAUAUAUAACUAAUAAACAACAGAUACUCAAUAUUUUAUUAUCUGUUGUUUAUUAGUUACAUAAAUUAUAGGAAAAUGUUCACAGUCACUCUCGCAAGUAUGAACUUUCUCCUUGCAUUAAGAGACUGACUGUCUGGUCUUCCACAUCUCCCUAGGGAGGUAAAGAUUGGGGCCUCGGGGCGAACCCUUUUACCCUGGCAUCUACUCCGAGGGCAACAACCCCCGGGUGGCUAGAUCAAUGUUCCUAGGGCAAGUAUAUACAAAAAAAACUACUUAUAGCUUACUACGCGUUGUUCCAUACGUUUUUUUUAAUUGAACACAAUAUACAAGUAUGUGUGUAUGUAUAUAUACAAUUUAAAAUUCGAAUCCUCGAAGGAGCUAAUGUCAUAAUUGAAGAAAUGGCGGCAAAUUAAUUACUCUAUAACAUAACGUUAUCUGUGCUUUGUUCUCAAUUCACUUUAAGGUCGCUGUCUUUAUUUAGCGUGCAGUCCUUAAAAUUCAUACGAAUGUUUGUCGCAUUUCUUAUAUCACAAACUGUUCAUUUAAAAUCUUAUCAGUUUGUUUAUAAACACAUACAGUGGAAGAUAAAAAUUUAAUUUAAAGUCAUAAUUCUUUAUAUUUAUCUUAUCUUCCUUUAAGCCCAAUUUACACUCGGCCCCAAUUGGCAGGGAAGUGAGCAGCGCGAGAGUGUAAACACUUCUCAUGCGAUUGGCGCUGCCACUCGCGCUGCCCGGCGCUUCCUCGAUUGUCGGUUUAUCGUGCGCGACUCAAAGGACUGGCAGCGUGUUUCUACAUUCAGCCCUCUCGCUCAGUUGCUCGCCCGGCAAUAUUUCCGGCAGCGCGAGUGGCAGGGGAACCGGCUGAAUGUAACAUUAUAGAUGUGACAUAGUCUUGUUUGUGACACCUUGCUUUUGCAAUAGAAAAACUAAGAAUUGUCUAUGUAAACACUGCAUUUCUUGCAUUAACUAAUAAUUUUAAAUAUACCUCUUACAUGCUAAAAAAAUGUUAAAAUUUCUUAUCGAAAUGUCUGUUAUAAAAUUCUAUUGUAAUAUUGAAUAAAUAAGAUAUAUUAUAGUGAGAAAAAUAAUGUAUGUUUAUAGAAUGAAAACAAUAAAGAAAUACAGAAGUAAAUCUUGAUUUCCAAUUAAUCAAUCUUUUAUUCACAUGAGAUCACAGACAAGUCAGUCAGAUAUUGUCCACAAAUUAUAAAAAAAUUUAAAAAAAAAUUAAGUUUUUUUUAUAGAACACCAAUACUUCUGUUUGUUUGUGAUAAAACAUAAAAGCCGGUAGAGAGCCAAUAACCUAAGUGAAUUUAUGGUGGUCAUGACUCUCAAACAUAAAGAAUGGCCGGAAAAUAACAUAAAGAAAAAAAAACUAUAGAAUUCGAGAUAUUUUAUAUUGCAUCUGACUGGUAUGUGUGAGGAGGUGCGCAGUAUAUUGCGGUCUCGCUCACGCAGUUAAGAAUGUCCGGAGAAGAAAAUAAAGAAAAAAAAACUAGAAUUCGAGAUAUUUUAUAUUGCGCAUUCUAACUGGUAUGUGUGAGCACACGCGCAGUAUAUUAUUGUCUCGCUCACGCAGUUAAGAAUGGCCGGAUGAGAAAAAAAAAACUAGAAUUCGAGAUAUUUUAUAUUGCGCAUUCUAACUGGUAUGUGUGAGCAGGUGCGCAGUAUAUUGCUGUCUCGCUCACGCAGUUAGUCCUUAUGAGAAUUUCAAUUUUUUUAAUAAAUACUACUGCAUUUCUCAAACAGUAUGACUUUAUAUGUAAGACCAUUACAAGGUCUUCGUCAUUGUCUCUGUCUACUAUGCACAGGACAUGGCGUGAAGAUUGGAAAGGGUAUCUUAAACCAAAAUUAGGAACAUGUCACAACACAACCAAACAGGGUACAAACUUUGACAAUAUUGUCGAACUUGUUUUAACACGAAUAAUUGUAUGGUAAAUAAAGGCAUUUACCUCACGACGCUUCGACUAGGUUACACUAGCUGGAGUCACGAGCUGACUGGAGUAACAGGGUGUUAAGAUUCGGUUAAUAAUAUAAUGUGUCACUACCGUCAUUAGAGUAUUCGAAAAAUGACGGUAGUCGAAACUGUCGGUACAUAUCAACAUUGGCAUUAGCAGUUACAAGGCAACACCGUUUGUUUUUUGAUACGCAGACCUUUUUAUAUAUUUUUGAACUGUAUAUUUUGACGUUCUGUUUUUAUAUAUCAAUUAUUUUCUAAAGCCAUAUUCCUUGGCUUUACGUUUUUGCUCUUCUAGGUGAGUAUACCAAAUUUACCUCACCUAGGAACGUGUCUCAUUUUAAACCAGUUUAAUACACUCCUUCCGAGGGGGAAAGGGAUUGUUAGUAAUGUGGACUCUCGACCCCAUUGCUAGCAAUGUUCCAUGUCAGCUUGACCUCCAUG